UAAUCGUGACCUGUUUGCGCACAUUCCAUUGUCCAAGCUCUUGUUUUGAGAGCGCCGGGGAUACCGGACUCAUUGCACUUCUCACAGAAGACUAGGCUAGCCGAGAUCUCAGGCGCAAUCUCCUGUGAAGCUGGUUGUUACUUGUAGAUCUGACCUUCGUUUAUCGUUGUGACUGAGGUAUGGCCACGUCAGAGAUCUACAUAACCAAAGGUGUGGAUGCUCGUGAACCCUUUGCCUCUACGGACCCGGUCCACCAGCGAAUGGGCAAGUCGAUUUUUCAUCUCAGGGUAGAUUGCGAGAAGUGCGGAAUAGGAGGCUACGGUACCUGCUUCCUGCUUCAGGAUUUGAGCAAAGACUGCGACGGCGAUUACGUGUACUUUGCUACUGCGGCACACAAUCUCUACUGCGUGUCUUUUCCUGAAAAGGAAAAGAACCCGAACUGUGAGACUGGUUGUAAUCAAUAUAGAUUUGUUAAGAUAAUUGAGAGAUGGAACCUGAAUGAAACGGAAGUUUACCUAACUGACAACAUAGGGAAGAAUAGCAAGGCCGGAUGGCUGAAGGUCUCCAACAAGUACGAAAAGAGCGCCAAGUCUGUCCAGGUCCAGGUCAAGGUACGCAAGGCUGAUGCGGCUACUCACCAGGCCAAGCUAGACCGCUUCACCUACGAUUUCGGUGUCAUUGCAGCGCGCAAAGUCGACCUACUCGACAACAAUCCAUCACUUCUCCCAGGCCCUGACCAACAAGUACCAGUCUUUCGUGGCAAAGAGGAGCCGGAUGAAGUGAGUGCCUAUCUGUGUGGGUAUCCAGGCAGAGUUGGAAAUCACAGCGAUGGUGAGGAUCCACCCCUUGCAGAGAAACGCAAAUACUGGGUACCAUCGGCCAAUCGGGUCGUCGUGCUGGCUCCCAACAUGCUGAAGCACUAUGUGCAUUCCAGUGGCGGGCAGAGUGGCGCUCCACUUUACAAGUUGACUCCCUCUGGAACCGGCGAAGCCCCAUGUGUGCUGGGCAUCCACGUAGGAGGGGAUCCGAAGUCGAACCCACGUGAUAGGCACAACCUGGCGGUGAAGCUUCGCACCGACUCGCCAACACUUCGCACUAUUCGCGGCUGGGUGCUGAGUGACGCGCAAUACGAUCGUGAUGAUACUGUCGAGCCUGUGCCCUUUGAGGGCGCUACAUCUGAAAUGAUCGAAGAACCAAACGUGUUCACGUUGCCAGUCUCGAUGGAAGGAGACAAGAAGCCAUCGCACAGCGUGGUUCAUAAGCCACAAACUUUAACGAGUGCGCCACGUGUCCAAAGCAGACGUCCGGGAGAAGACCUGGAUCCCCGCACUGUAUACCUCGACAGGCACAGCAUUCCCGCAGCGUCAGCCAGCCGAAUCAACUAUGUUCAAGCUGGAACUGGAGUAGAUGAAAAUAUCGGUAAGCUUAGCUGGUAUCCUCUUGCCCACACGUAGUCUGGAGAGA